AUGCUCGGGGUGUUGGGCGUGGUCGCGUUACUCUCCGUCACGCUGGCCAUAACCAUCGGACCGGUCUACAUUUCACCAAUCACCGUGUGGAAGAUUGUCGCGUCUCACAUCUUGGGUACGGCACCGGGAGACUGGACGACCGGACAGGACCACAUCGUGUGGCUUAUUCGGCUUCCCAGAGUCCUGCUAGCCGGUAUCGUGGGCGCGGGGCUGGCCGUCGUAGGCGUAACCAUGCAGGCUACCGUGCGCAACCCACUGGCCGAUCCCUACCUGCUGGGAACAUCCUCUGGCGCAUCGGUGGGCGCUGUCAUUGUCAUUAUGUUGGGAAUCAAUUUCCUUGCGCCCUACUCGCUCUCCUUACUGGCUUUCGUAGGGGCGGUGGGCUCCUUCGUCAUCGUGUUCGCAAUCGCCCAGACCGGAGGCCGCGUCUCGCCCACACGACUUAUACUGGCCGGGGUGGCAACGGCCUAUGUUCUUACGGCCAUAACCAGCCUGAUCCUGUUCAUUGGCGACGAACGCGCGAUAAGGUCGGUGCUGUUCUGGAUGCUCGGCACCCUGUCGGGUGCUGAAUGGAGUUUUCUCGGCCUGCCUGCGGCCGCCCUGGUGGUGGGCAUCUCCAUAUUGAUCUUGAAAUACCGAGCGAUGAACGCGUUGUUGGCGGGAGAAGAGACGGCCAUCACACUGGGCGUGGACACACAGGCCCUUCGCCGUCAACUGUUGCUGUUGACCGCACUUAUCACUGGCGUGAUGGUGGCAGUCUCCGGGGCCAUUGGGUUCGUCGGUCUGAUGAUGCCUCACAUAGUCCGACUGGUGGUCGGUGCUGAUCAUCGAAUUGUCCUCCCGGCGAGCGCUCUGACGGGGGCGAUCUUCCUCAUAUGGGUCGACGUGGCAGCGCGCACUGUGGUUCAGCCCCAGGAGAUUCCCGCAGGCCUACGGAGGGCAGAUCUGAUGCAGAUGAAGGUGGACCGAGUCAACUGGAGCGUAGACGGGAAGCAGAUUCUGCGCGACGUUUCGCUGACCGUGGAGCCCGGGUCCUUCACAGGGCUCAUCGGGCCCAAUGGCAGUGGCAAGUCAACGCUCUUACGCUGCAUAUAUCGGGCCCUGCGCCCUGACUCCGGCAGCAUUACCCUCGAUGGCAAAGACAUUCGCCGGAUGGACAUCCGGGAGACGGCACGCAGGAUAGCCGUGGUUCUCCAGGAAUACCCGUCGGACUUUCAGUUCACCGUCGGAGAGAUCGUCUCUAUGGGACGAAAUCCGCACAAGGGUAUGUUUGACCGCGACACGCCCGCAGACAGGGGCAUCAUCAGGGAGGCGCUGGCCCGCGUUGGACUUGCCGGAUUCGCCCAUCGAAACUUCAACACACUGUCCGGCGGCGAAAAGCAGAGAGUUGUGAUCGCACGGACCCUGGCUCAGCAGGCCAAAUUCAUGGUGCUGGAUGAACCCACCAACCACCUUGAUAUUCGAUACCAGCUGGAAACCAUGGAACUUGUCAAGGGACUGGGGCUAACCACACUGGCCGCGCUCCACGACCUGAACAUUGCUGCCGCGUAUUGUGACUUCAUCAACGUGAUAGACAAGGGGCAGAUCGUCGCGUCAGGAAGGCCCGACGAGGUGCUGAUUCCAAGCCUGAUCGAGAAGGUCUUUGGGGUGGGAGCAAAGGUUGGCACAGACCCGCUGACCGGGCGGCCUUCUCUCAAUUUCUACCUGAACGGCCAUGCGCCAAUCGAAUCAACUGUGAACGUCCUGCCUUGA